AUUGCUUUGCAUGAAAUUGAUGUAAUAAAUUCGCGAACGCAAGGAUUCUUAGCCUUGUUUUCCGGGGACACUGGAGAAAUAAAGAACGAAGUGAGGGAACAAAUUAACAAGAAGGUAGUUGAAUGGCGAGAGGAAAAUAAAGCAGAUGUUGUUCCCGGUGUACUGUUUAUUGAUGAGGCACAUAUGCUAGAUUUGGAAUGUUUCUCAUUCCUGAACAGGGCGAUUGAAUCAGAUCUUUCUCCUAUUCUUGUAAUAGCUACCAAUAAAGGACAAGAAUAUAUCCGUGGAACGCAAAUCAAAAGUCCUCAUGGAAUUCCAAUUGAUCUUCUGGAUAGAUCAUUAAUAAUCCGAACAAAACCGUAUUCGAGCAAAGAUAUUGAAGAUAUUUUACGGAUUCGUGCACAAGAAGAGUCUGUGGAAAUGGAAGCAGAUGCGUUUGGCAUAUUGACUUUGCUAGCUGGUAAAACCUCGUUACGAUAUGCCAUGCAAUUAAUUUCAACUGGAAAUAUUUUACGUGAACGAAGACGUGGUGAAAAGGUAUCACCGAUGGAUCUUAAGCGAGCUUAUUCCCUAUUUAUGGAUCAUAAAAGGAGCGAAAAAUUUUUGAACGAUUAUCAAAAACACUUCAUCAAUGACUGA